UGGAGAGAGUUGGCCACUUUCAUAUAUAUUAUCAUCGUCCUUAAACCCACCUAUCCGUUACUCCAGAUUCAAAGUAAACGGCGAAAAAAAAAGAAAAAAGAUUCAAAGUAAACAGAAAAAAACUUGAGUUUAGAGAAAUCACCAUGACUACACUCAAUCUAUCAAUUUUUCCAUCAGUUAAAAUAUCCAGCUCCGCAUCCAUACCCGGAUUCAUCAAAAUCCAACCUUUCCUUCUCCGUCGGAAGCUCUCUACCGUUUUAUCGGUCACCGCCAGAGACGAAGGUAUCAUCCACAACCAUUUCGAUUUCACGUCAUACAUGAUCGGAAAAGCUAAUGCCGUCAAUGAAGCUCUCGACUCCGCCGUCUCGCUCCGAGAACCAAUCAAGAUCCAUGAAGCGAUACGUUACUCGCUUCUCGCCAGAGGCAAACGAGUGAGACCCGUGCUCUGUAUCGCAGCGUGUGAGUUAGUGGGCGGCGAAGAAUCCGUGGCGUUACCGGCGGCGUGCGCCGUGGAAAUGAUCCACACAAUGUCGUUGAUCCACGACGAUCUUCCAUGUAUGGAUAACGACGAUCUCCGCCGCGGAAAACCAACGAACCACAAAGUUUUCGGUGAAGACGUCGCGGUUUUAGCCGGAGACGCGCUUAUAUCGUUCGCGUUUGAGCACUUAGCAACGUCAACGGCUGUUUCUCCGGCUAGAGUUGUUCGAGCAAUCGGAGAGUUAGCGAAAGCCAUUGGAUCAAAAGGGCUCGUGGCGGGUCAAGUAGUGGAUCUAACCAGUGGAGGAAUGGACCAAAACGACGUCGGCUUAGAGGUUCUUGAGUUUAUCCACGUUCAUAAAACCGCCGUGUUGUUAGAGGCGGCUACGGUGUUAGGAGCCAUCGUUGGUGGUGGUUCUGAUGAAGAAGUUGAGAAGCUGAGAAGAUUCGCGAGAUGCAUUGGAUUGUUGUUUCAGGUGGUGGACGAUAUUUUGGACGUGACGAAGUCGUCGGAGGAAUUGGGAAAGACCGCCGGAAAAGAUCUGAUUGCCGAUAAGCUGACGUAUCCGAAACUAAUGGGUCUUGAGAAAUCUAAAGACUUUGCAGAUAAGUUGUUGAGCGAUGCUCACGAACAGCUUCAUGGGUUUGAUUCGAGUAGAGUUAAACCUUUACUAGCUUUGGCUAAUUACAUUGCCAAAAGACAGAAUUAGUUCAACUGUUAGAUGGUAUUCUCCGACAAUGGCUUUUGCUGGUUAUAAAGAUUGAAGUCACUUGUUAUGUUUUGUGUUCUUGGAUGAUAUUUUCAAAUUUGUGUUGUUGUGACUUGUUAAGAGCAACUCCAACCAUGUAUCUUAGCUAUAAAAGUGAUUAAAGUUAAUGAAAUCAAC